AACAGAGCAGUAUCUGGUGUAUCAGUAGCAUGUAGCGUCGAUCAGCACUUACUAUUCUGGAUGAAGCGAGAUAUAACGCGUAGUUGGCUGUCAGACUGACGUCGGUGCUCCGGUUAUCACUUUGCCCCGGGAAGAGAAAAUACGGAGGUUUUUUCGGGCGAAUCGCGCGUCGGAAUUAAUUUCCAGGACUUUGACCACACAGCAGCUCGUAAAGUGGAGUAGAAACCCGCUGCAACGUUUUACCAAAUAGGACCGAAGACUUGCAAAAGUCUUGCACGGAUUCAUCUUUCAACCGUUUUGUUCAAAAGAAUAGUAAACAUGAUCUGACGUUUCUUUAGUAAUAACGUGACUUUGUUGUCAGUUUGCUGCUGCCGUUUCCUAAUUUAUGGCGUUUGACUCCUAGGCGAUGUGAACGGUAUUUAUAAAAUCAUUGAACUGCAUGUCUCCCAAUUGGUGAACACAAGAUAACUGUCCCACUGGACGAGGAUUUGUACCAUGGCAACUCGGGUUGGAAUAAUCUUUCUUUUUCAAGUCUGUGUAAACAAUUGUCCUCUGUACUAAGUGAUGGGUCCGCAGCACAGAAGACAUCGAUAACCUCUGUGUCAGCACGUUUUUUACCCUCCUUAUCUUUCUCAGUUGUCAUUCUAUUUUAUGUUCAAGCUUUUAUCGUUUCUACAAUGGAAACGGUCGUAUUGAAGUUGCAACGCUCAUCGUUAAUCUGAGCACCACCAUCAGAGCGACUCGUUGAUCUUCCCGAGACUCUGUUGUAAGGACAGUCAUGUGGGGCCCUGCGCCACCAUCCCUGCAGGUCGCCGUAAAAGUCCUGAAACACGCCGCUGUCAAAGGACAGAUCCAGCUGAACCGCUGGCUCCAGAGACCCUCCCCGGACGAGUGCGAUAAAAUUGACCUCUUGAUAUGCAACACCUUUGACGAGAGAGGAGGCGCCGUCGGCAAGUCUGAUGGAGACCCGGAGAGCAUCGUUGACACUGGCGUGUCAUUCACCGGUGGCGCCACCAACAGGGAGUUCAGACACCAGUGUUGUAUUACCACGUGUUGCUUCAAGAGCAGCCUCCUGGCAUGCAUUCUGACAGCUGUGUGCUUCUCCUCCGUGGCUCUAGUCCGACAGUACCUCAAGGACCUUCUUCUCUGGGUGGAGAGCUUGGACAGCCUGGUUGGAGCCUUGCUGUUCAUAGUUGGUCUGAUCAUUGUGUCCUUCCCAUUCGGCUGGGGGUACAUCGUACUGAACGUGGCUGCGGGAUACCUCUACGGCUUCGUGCUGGGUAUGGGACUGGUGAUGGUGGGGGUGCUUAUAGGUACCUUCGUGGCUCACCUGGUGUGUAAGAGACUGUUGACAGACUGGGUGGUCAACAAGGUGGGGAACUCUGAACAGCUCAGUGCUGUAAUACGGGUGGUGGAGGGGGGAAGUGGACUCAAGGUGGUGGCCUUAGCGAGACUCACACCCAUUCCCUUUGGACUCCAGAAUGCAGUGUUCUCAAUCACAGACGUGUCGUUGCCAAACUACCUGGUGGCGUCGUCAGUCGGCCUGCUGCCCACACAGCUCCUAAACUCCUACCUGGGCACCACGCUGCGCACCAUGGAAGACGUCAUCGCAGAACAGAGCAUCAGCGGAUACCUGGUCUUCAGUCUACAGAUCAUCAUCAGUAUAGGUCUGAUGUUCUACGUGGUCCAUCGGGCCCAGGUGGAGCUGAAUGCGGCCAUCGCUGCCUGUCAGAUGGAGCUGAAGACAUCACACAUGAACGGCACUUCCACCAAUCACAGCGGCUUCACGUACUGCAGCAAGAGGGCGUCGGCCGGGGGUGGGAUCAUCAACGUGGUCUGAUUAAUGUCUCAAAACCCUGAUUGGACACGAGCAAAUGGGAUCAAAAUGAACACUGAUUGGCCAGUAGAGCAGAUCUGAUAUCUUCCACGACGAGGAGGACCUACCAAAUAGCGACGCUGAUUGUGUGAAUCUAUGGGGCUUGUAGCUGCAGCUGAGGGCUGCCAGGUGUUUAGUAGUCAGGUACAGUGGUGUUGUCAUCACAGACUUAGCUACAACCUGAACACUCUAUGCAGCACAGCUCACCAUUUAGAUCUCAAUGAGACCAAGGGCUUCUCCUCUACAGUGUGAGACCAGGGGCUAAGGGCUUCUCUUCUACAGUGUGGGACCAGGGGCUAAGGGCUUCUCUUCUACAGCGUGGGACCAGGGGCUAAGGGCUUCUCUUCUACAGCGUGGGACCAGGGGCUAAGGGCUUCUCUUCUACAGCGUGGGACCAGGGGCUAUGGUCCCUGUAUGCUAAAUGGUUUAGCAUACACUACGAGGCCUUUUUUCUAUUGGUUCGUUUUCUUGUUUUUCUCUCACCAUAAGAAGCAGUACGCCAACGUGUUGAUCCUGCUCUGUUACUGGGGUAGAGGCUUACGGAACCAUGCGUCAUCAUUACGUAUGGUUUAAUGAUGACGUAUGGUUUAAUGAUGACGUAUGGCUUAAUGAUGACGUAUGGCUUAAUGAUGACGUAAUGAUGACGUAUGGCUUAAUGAUGACGUAUGGAUUAAUGAUGACGUAUGGAUUAAUGAUGACGUAUG